CAGGCUGCCCUGCUGCAAUGUCACCGGCGUCACUGCCACUGCAGGCUGCCGGCACCUGCCGCUGCUGCUGCAGGAGACCAAGGCGCCGAGGCCAGGCAGGGACCCAGGGCCACCAGGCACUGUGUGAAGCAAGGACGUGGCCGGCCAGAUGGGCAGCACCAUGGAGCCCCCCGGGGGCGGGUACCUGCACCUGGGUGCUGUGACAUCCCCGGUGGGCACAGCCCGCGUGCUGCAGCUAGCCUUCGGCUGUACCACCUUCAGCCUGGUGGCCCACCGGGGCGGCUUCGCGGGCGUCCAGGGCACCUUCUGCAUGGCCGCCUGGGGCUUCUGCUUCGCUCUCUCAGGCCUGGUGGUGGCCUGCGAGUUCACCUGGCUCCACAGCUGCCUGCGCUUCUCCUGGGGCAACUUCACAGCGGCCUUUGCCAUGCUGGCCACACUGCUGUCUGCCACGGCUGCUGUCAUCUACCCACUCUACUUCACCCGGCUGGAGUGCCCACCUGAGCCCGAGGGCUGCGCAGUCAGGGACUUCCGCCUGGCCGCCAGCGUCUUCGCCGGACUCCUCUUCCUGGCCUACGCUGCGGAGGUGGCCCUGACCCGGGCCCGCCCGGGCCAGGUGGCCAGCUACAUGGCCACGGUGUCAGGACUCCUCAAGAUCGUCCAGGCCUUCGUGGCCUGCAUCAUCUUUGGGGCACUGGUCCACGACAGCCGAUAUGGGCGCUACGUGGCCACCCAGUGGUGCGUGGCCGUCUACAGCCUGUGCUUCCUGGCUACUGUGGCCAUCGUGGCCCUGAGCGUGAUGGGCUACACCGGGGGCCUGGGCUGCCCCUUCGACCGUCUGGUGGUUGUGUACACCUUCCUGGCUGUGCUGCUCUACCUCAGUGCCGCCGUCAUCUGGCCCGUCUUCUGUUUUGAUCCCAAGUACGGCGAGCCCAGGCGGCCCCCCAACUGCCCUAGGGGCAGCUGCCCUUGGGACAGCCAGCUGGUGGUGGCCACCUUCACCUACGUCAACCUGCUUCUCUACAUUGCCGACCUCGCCUACUCCCAGAGGAUCCGCUUCGUGCCCACCCUGUAGCCCAGCAGGCAGCAGCCGGCCCACCUUUGCUCUCCAGGGGCUCCAGGCACCAUGACGGUGGCCCAGGUGAACCCAGACCCCGGGGGACCGAGCCAGAGGGAGGCAACCAGGAGGGCCACUCCUGGACUUCUGGCAGUGCUCAGCAGCUCCACCUGGGGAGGGGCGGAGUGGGACAGAGGGGCAGGAGGCCCUGAGCAGGACAGGGGAACAGCCUACGCCAGGCAGUUCCCAGGCCCUCUCUCUCUGUCUCUGUCUUUCUAUCUCUCUGCCUCUCUCUAUCUCUGUGUCUGUCUUUCUCUCUCUUUGCAUCUCUAUCUCUUUCCAUUUCCUGGCCCUCCCUGGUUCAGCACUGAUCACUGGAGCACAUGAGAAGCCUUUGAAGCAGGCACUGUUGUGAGCCACUUUGCAGAUGGGGCACCGAGGCUAAGAUUUAGGAGCUGGCCCUGCGUGUCCAUCAGUGCCUAGAGACCGUUCAGGCUGGGUAACCUAAGUACAGCUGAAAAAGGGACAAUCCCCAGAGGCGUGAGAAGGGGGCAGAAAGGAGCCAGAGAGUGCCAGAGCCGGGCCAGCAGAGGUGUGUGGGGAGCUGGCACCACCUCUAGCCUUGAUGGAGAUGCUCCUGGAACCCCAAAGGGACAGUUAUCCAAGCAGGGCCCUGCUGGGUGGUUUGUGCCAGCUCGAAGAGAAGGAUCCGGGAAUCAGGACCCUGCCUUGACCGCUUCAGAGUGGCUACAGCUGUGGGAAACAGAGCAAGGACUGUGGUGUGGUCACACAGGGCAGUCUCUGCAGGCUGGAGAUGGCACAGGUGGCCUGGAGGGGCCCGCAGAGGCCAGCAGCACCACGAAGAGCCCAGUAUGCUGAGAUGAAGCUGUGUUCUCCCAGGCGGGGAGCCCCCACCAGGCACUCCACCAUUGGCCCCAACAUAGCAGCUUCUGUAGUGUCUGGUGUGGGCCCAGGGGAGUCUGGCCAGGGGCAGCCUUGACCCAGGAAGAGAGUCCAGCCUGGGACAGCCAUUGGGAUACGGAGUCUGGGCACGAGGAACCUCUCUGGUGCUCACAGGCCCACGACCUCAGCUCAAGUGUCCGUUUGCCUGGCCGCUGACCUCCAGCCAGCUUCUCCCACUCAAGAGCCCAGACUGGGUCAGCUCAGAGCAGCCCGCUGGCUGCCCCUAAGCACAGCAGCCCCUUGGCCCAGGGCCUGGAGCAGGAAAUAAAUGCUGAUGC